AUGUCUUCAUCAACCAUCUCAAACACCCCCUUUACACCCAAAAACAAAACACCCACCCGCUCUCCCUCCACCUCCUCUACAAACUCAAGAUCCUCAAGCAUCUCACGACACAUCUACCAAUUCACGCCCAAAUCCCUCACCCUCACCCGUUCUCUCUCCGCAUCCUCAUCACAAACCUCACAUUCACAUUCACAUCUACACUCCCAACCCUCAUCACCAUUUCUCGAGCCCCCUUCUCAAUACGAGACUCGUCAUCCCAGCGAAUUGAUCUAUAGAAGAAUGCCCGAUAGUCCCAAACCCCAUUAUUUUUACGAGCGACCGGAUUUUUUCAUCCCCAAGAGAUUGGCGCCGAAAGCGCCGAGUUCCCCUAGGGCGAGGGUCUUUUUGAUUGAUGGGGUGGAUAGUGGAGAGGAAGAUGAUGAGUGA